AUGACACAAGAUGUUGCUCCUCUCGUUCGAGAGAUUGAACGAGUGGUUACAGCCCCUUAUGCACCUUCGCUGCAGGACCUUCAUAGUUUGGUGCAAAACUCGACUCGCUCAUCUCUACAGACAUGGGCUCUGCAGAAGCCCUGCCAGGUGGGACUUCUUGCAGCAUUGUUGGUAGAGAGUCUGUCACAGUCUCGUGUUGCGCUUCCAUUACUCACGGCAUUCGGAUAUGUGCAAGCAUUCCGCGACUUUCUGCUAAAGCGAGAGCCCGUAAUCCUUGAUGCGUUUUUGGAGAAAGCGAUCAUUGCGGAUGAAGUAGAGUAUCAUGCAGCAUGCGUUGCGCUUCUUUCCUCACCACUGCCCGCAGGCUUUGUUCCCCCUGCACGUCUGGCUGCCUUCAUAACCAAAACGGUAUCCUUGAUUGCCGCUGAUCCUCGAGCGGAGACAAUAGCCCCUUUGCAUGCCUUGAUGAUUGGCAUACGAGGAUCGCCCAGUCUGAUUCACGAGAUUCCUGCAGAGGUGAUGUCUAACAUGCAGGCUGAGAUUACAAAGACUCUGCGCAACCUUGACGAUCACAUGGGAAACUUGCUGGGUCUAGCAACAUUUGCAGAGAUAUCAGCAUCACAGCCACGACAGACCAACGCCUCCCCGCGCGGUUUAGGUAACGCAUCUUGGCUUGCUAGUAUACACGAUUUCUUUGGUUCCAGGAGAGGCAUGAAAACAUUGGAUCUUGUUGUUUUACGAGUGAUACUUGCGUGCUCUUCCAAUUGUAAUCAUCUCACGCCGGCACAGGCUGCCGAGAGCAUCGGCCUUGCAAUUCGCAUUGGCGACGCUGUUGAUCCGACCGUUAAGUCUACUUGGAUUGAUCAGAAUGCGUCCAAAAUUGGCAAGCUUUGUGAGAAGGUUGCCAAAGAUAGCCUGAGCCGAGAGAUCAAGAUUAUGGGGAUCAUCUUCUUGCUCUCCUUGACAGACUUGAAGUCUCUUCCAAGUCGGAUUGGGGAACUGGGUUUGCGUCUUCUUGUUUCCUCUGAUAGCCGCGGCAUUCUUGCCACCUUACCGCCAAGAUUUGUCGCAUGUUUGGUUCAAUGCUUGGGAGGCUAUGACGACUCGGUGACAUACGAGCUUCUGCGAUUCAUCGUUGAUACUCUGGCACAGGAUGUUGUUGGAAUGAACACCAUGAUCGACCUCCAUAUCACAGACUUACUGCUAUCGGGCUUCAAGUCAGGCCUUUCUCAGCCCAUGAUUACGUCGCUGCUCAACUCCACAUCAACCAAACAGGCUAUCGUGAGCCUCUUAGGCACAUAUCAAGCGGACCCCAAGCAAGAGCAGUGUCAAGACGCACUGGUGUGCUACUGUGCUUGCAGUCGACUCCGAGAUCAGAGUAUUCUGCAUUUGUUUGAGAUUUUCUUUGCCGCAACAUUGCUCAAUGGGGGCAAUAACGAUGAGGUCAUGAUCAUGAGAUCGUUUGUGGUACAAAUAUCCAAGUCGUUGAAGCAGCACAGCUGUGCAUUUUCGCAGAUUGAAAGAAAUAUCCCUCGGCCAUCAUUCAAACUGCGCAAUCGCGAUGACUUCUCAUCAAACAAGGCCAUUGUUCGAGAUUGGCGCACUGCUUUCACGGAAUGUCAUCUGCAAGCUGCGGAGACGUCACGUACUGCCCUUCUCAAAGCCGCUGAGGACGUUUGCUUCGACCUUGAACGUCGCUGCUACAACACCGAGGAGCCGGUCAGGUCAGCUGAGAGAGAGCGUGACGAAUACAGGAGCGAAGCAGAGCAGUUAAGAAAACAACAUAAUGAUUUGACUAUCCAGUUAGAUGAGGCAAGGAGCGCUAUUGCAAAGCUGAAGCAGGAUUUUACGAGGCUACAAGAACAAGCUGGGGCUACUAAUCAACGAGCGGAGGAGCUGGCAGAGGCACUACACCUGGCUAGACAAGAGUUGCGCAACGCACAGCAGCUCUCGGAUAGCGCCCUUCGAAAGGAACAAGAACGGUCCCGAAGCAUAGAGCUUGAGUUGAUUGCAACAUCCACAGAAAAGGAUGAUCAAUUGGAGGAGCUGCAUGACUCGCUACGUCAACUAGAGUCCGCGAAAUCCCAACUGGAGCAGACAAUAGAAGGUUACGUCGAGGAGAAGGCGGCUUUUGAAGACAGAAUCAAAAAUUUGGAGACUGGGGCUGCCAAACUCAGAGAUUUGGUUGAAGAGGGAAAGAUGCAAAGUCAUUGCAGGAAAGAGGAGGUCGAGCGCCUCUUACAGGACAAUGGCCAUCAACUCGUGCAGCUCAAGUCUCUGCAGACCACGACGGAGAAUCAAGUUCGAGAAAUUGAGCGCUUGCGCGGAGCUUUGCAAGCGACAAGCGACAAGGCACAAAGAGAGAUGCAAGAGCUUGAAUCUGGACGAAUGGCGGAAAUUGCCAUCCUUCAUUCCGAUGUGUCAAAGCAAAAACAGGAGAAUAGAAAGCUCCAGCAAGAGCUGCAGGCUGCCGCGAAUAAAGCAUCUACCGACAUGCAAACAAAGGACAAGCGCAUCCGCCAACUGGAGAGAAAGAUCCAAUCUCUUCGCGACGAAAGAGCCGCAAAAGCACGGGAGUUCUCAGAAGCACAGCAGCACAUUGGUCGUUUGAUGAAUGUCAUGGGCUUUUCCACGAAUUCGAAGUCCGAAACUCCAGCGGCAAAGUCGGUUCAAACGAACAAAGUCAGCACCGAGAUUCUGCAUUCUCAGAGCCAGAGGGAGGCCACAUCAAUCGGUGACAACGAUGAUCAAGAGCUGGCCGAGUCUUUUGAGUGCCUUGCUUCUGAUCUUCAAAGUUCCUUCUGGAAGCAAUCAAGAGGAGCAAAUUCCCCGGCGCCCAACUCACCAGGUGCAGGUUUCGGAGCUUCCGCCGGAGGUCCCAACACAGAUAUCGCGAGGAAAGGCAAUACAUGGGUUCUGACUGAAAUGCUCGCAAAUAAUCCCGUCCGCGCCAAUGCUGGUCUUGAACCUAAAUCCAGUCCACCUGCUGGUGCAGCCCAUGGGAAUGUAGCUGACAAUGGGCUGCAAACCCUUGAUUUGGAUAUGGACAUAGAGUUCUCCAAAGACUUUCUCUUUGCUAAUACGACUUUCUCCAGUUCUGAAUAG